AUAAAUAGGGUCAUUAUGGUGUCACUUCAACUUCAACUUUGUAGACUCCAAGUGCCACUAAUAUUCUAAUCUAAUACUAUUCUUAUCAGAAUAUCCGAUGACGUUAAAUCUUGCUGCUAAAUUCUGUAAAUAAAGCUCUGUGUUUUGCUCUCUUUGAAAUUAGGGUUCUUUUUUCGCAAACCCUAAACUGAGAAUCAGUUUGUUCCUAAUAACUAUAGCCAUGGAUUCUACCACUGUCAAUUACUUGGAUAUGUUCGAUAUCUAUUGCCGAUAUUGUGAUAUCAUGUCAGGAGCAUAUGCUACCAGGAACCUAGAAGAUGACUUGCAGAAAGUGAGAUAUUCAAAAGAGGCAUUGAACCAGCUUAUGAAAUUAGUGAAGUCAAGUUUGCAUAUAAGGGCAACUAUCUUUGAAGAAGUGUACAAGCUUAAGUUGCGGUUGAAUUUGGAGGCAGACUUCUCUGAGUUCUCGCGUUUCUAUGAUUUUGUCUUCUUCGUUUGCAGAGAAAAUGGACAAAAGAACAUCACUAUAAGCAAAGCUGUUACUGCUUGGAAAAUAGUUUUAGCUGGAAGGUUUCGGCUACUUGACCACUGGUGCAACUUUGUUGAGAAAAAUCAGCGAUACAAUAUAUCUGAGGAUACUUGGCAGCAAGUUUUGGCCUUCAGCCGUUCUGUGCAUGAAAAUCUCGAAGGAUAUGAUCGGGAAGGAGCUUGGCCUGUUUUGAUUGAUGACUUUGUUGAGCACAUGUACAGGAUUGGAGGAGUUGAUACUAUUUCUAACUCAUUUUGUAGCUGUGGUGAUUCGGGAGCCCAGCCAUUUAAGGAUUCUUUGCCUGGGUUGAAAAAUUUUCCUGGUUUGAAGAGGAAAUCUUGUGGCAAUCUACAAAGACUAGAAGAAUCAUCUCAUGGAUCUCCAGGCAUGGAUAUCAUUGUCAAUUCCAAGAGGAGGCACAUUACUUUCGGCAACCAAAGUGUUCACUGGGCAGAAAACCAAUCACAUGAUUACUUGGAAAUUGUUAAGGCAAAUAGCCCAUUAAACCAUUCUGCAUCUCCUUGCGCUGUUGAAGGUUGUCUAUCCAAGGGUUUUGCAGGAUUGUUGUCAGGUCCUUCAUGUUUGCAGUUUGAUCAAGAAAUGAGAACUUCGUAUACAUAGAAGGUUUUUAAUCUGCAGAACCUUUGGUGAUCAUGAAGGAGUGUUAAUUGUCAAUUGGUAAUCUCCCAAAUUCUACUUCACUCAGAUGAUCUUCGAAUGUGAUAACAAAGAGUGCAAAAAAUCGGGCCGAGCAUUUGCAAGUAUCAGCUUGGAGUGAAGUAGAACUGGGAAUGUGUAGGUUUGUUAUCUAGGAUUAGCCACAGAGCACAAUCAGGAAGCAGCAUCUUUGAUUACGAUAGAUUGAUUUCCAGAAUCAUCUGGGAAGGUGUGACAUGAGGGAGGAUUUUUUAUUUUUGAAAAAUUCAAUUCGAACUGUAAUAACGUUAUCUGGCAGUGGUGUUAAACUUUUUUCGGUAACCCCAAAUAAAAAAAAAGAAGAUCCUGAUGACUUUUUGAUGCA